UAACACAUCUUCAUGCAAAAAAGACCUUCUCCUAAAUAUUUCUUUCUCUUGAGCUAAAGAAAUGGCUGUUUUCGAGCUGAAGAAACUCUUCCUUCCCACCAUUUUCCUUCUCUUGCUAACAAUUACGCACUCGAAUUCAAAACUCGAUGCUCAUUACUACGAUCAAACAUGUCCACAGGCUGAAAAAAUCAUACUCCAAACUGUUCGUAAUGCUUCCAUCUAUGAUCCUAGAGUUCCUGCUCGUCUUCUUCGCAUGUUUUUCCACGACUGUUUCAUAAGGGGAUGUAAUGCCUCAGUAUUAUUGGACUCGACCCCAGAAAACCAAGCAGAAAAAGAUGCUCCUCCUAAUAUUUCUCUUCGAUCAUUUUAUGUUAUCCACGACAUCAAAUCUAAACUUGAAGUCACAUGUCCACAUACAGUUUCUUGUGCUAAUAUACUUACUAUUGCAGCUAGAGAUGUUGUAACAAUGUCGGGAGGACCUUAUUGGAAUGUUUUGAAAGGAAGAAAAGAUGGACGGAUCUCUAAAGCAAACGAAACCAUUAAUUUACCAGCACCAACCUUCAACGUUUCACAGCUAAUACAGAGCUUCGGCAUGAGAGGUUUAGGAGUCAAAGAUUUGGUUUCUUUAUCGGGAGGACACAGCCUAGGGUUUUCCCAUUGUUCUUCUUUUGCUUCAAGAUUACAUAACUUCAGCUUGGUACAUGACGUUGACCCCAUCAUGAACAUUAACUUUGCUUUAGAGCUGAAGAAAAAAUGCCCGAAGCCAAACAAGGAUCGAAAUGCAGGAGACUUCUUAGACUCCACUCCCUCCAUCUUCGACAACAACUAUUACAAACUGGUGGUGGCAGGGAAGGCCUUGUUUGGAUCGGACCAGGCAUUGUUUGGCGAUGAGAGGACUAGAUGGAUUGUUGAAAAGUUUGCUGGGGAUCAAGAUUUAUUCUUUAAAGAGUUUGCUACUUCCAUGGUGAGGCUUGGAAAUGUUGGAGUGGUGGAAAAUGGAGAAGUUAGACUUAAUUGUCGCUUGAUAAAUUGAGAGAGAGAGAGAGAAAGAAGAUAAUUGAGAGAAAAAAGGGAGAGAGGGAGAGAGAGAGAGAGAGAGAGAGAUCAGAGAGAAAGAGGUAAUAAAUAAGCCGGCUAUGAAUUGAUAUUACCUAUAUACUUAAAUCAUUUCACGUUUAUAUCUUUUCAUUUAA